AUGGAUAAGUGCGGAAACAGCAUCUUGUCUCAGCUUAACAGCCUACGCCUGAGUGAUGGUAGCACGGCAGGGGAUCGCCUACGUGCGGGGACAACACCACCCACUGUAGCAAUGGCCAAAACCUCUUUUGGGGGAGUUGGUCUUACAGUCAGAAGAGGUGCCACAUGCAUCGGCAUACGUCCCAUCGACUCCUCGCCGGAUGUUCGAUCGGACGACGCGGCUCACGUUAUGGAAUCCAGCGCGUCACAGCCUUUGUUCUUGGAAAAAGCGUCAUUAACUAGAUUUUGUGUUGAAAAGAACGUGACCACCUAUCAGUCGAUUGAGCACCCCAAGGACAGGAAAUACGAUGGAGGCGACUACUUUCGUUGCGAUAGCGACACCAAUGACAAUAAUGGUGGAACGAAGGGAAAUGAAGCUAAUGAUUUCAGGAGCAGCAAGUCAACCAUUAUGGUACCGAGGCCCCGUUCAGGUGUUAAGACUACUUCCUCCUCCCCUCCUAUCGAGAGCAUUAUUCCAAAGUCUUUUGAUACUUUUGGCAAGGAUGAUGUAGUAGACCCGCAGGGUCUGAGUCCAAAUACAACGUCAGAUUUUCCUAGCGGUGGCAAGAACGAGGAUUCUCCACGAGGAGUAGCCGCGCUUAUAAACGCACUUAAAACUAAAGAGUUACACUUGUACACCUCCAGGAGAGCUAGUGGUGUCAACAAUAGUGAAGAUGUUGCACUGCAUUCAGAAAAGGGCUUAUCUAGACAGAAUCCAGAUGAUAAAGAACAAAAGAAGUUGCACGCGCCUUAUCCGCUGCCUGCUCCGGCGUCAGGGUUGACACAAAUAUCUUUUUAUGCACCCGGCUUCUCAAGUGAGGACCGUACCAAUGCCCUUAAGGCGAAUCAAUUUGUUGCGGAUGCCCUGGGUGGAGACCAUAUCGACAACGAUAGGGCUCUAAAGCCCAUUAUACGCACUCUGCCAGAGUUGCCGGAAGGUGGCCGCUACAUCGUCGUCGGCGAUGUUCACGGUUGCCUCGAACAACUUGAGGCUUUGGUCAAGAAGGUGAAUUACACAUUAGGCAAAGACUGCCUUAUAAUAAUUGGCGAUUACGUUAAUAAGGGACCACUGUCGGUCGAGGUCAUACGAGCCUGUCAAAAGUGGCGUGCUCUGGGGGUGCUUGGGAAUCACGAUUACACGUUGAUUAAUUGCUGCAAACAGAUGAGGCGAAAACCCUUUAAUGAACGUGACCUGCGCGACCCAGUAAAGAGGUUGGCAAUGAAGUUUCCGCUAGACUGUGAGUAUUACCUCAGGAGUCUGCCGCACAUUCUUCGGAUGCCAAAAUACAACGUUCUUCUUGUACAUGCCGGUUUCAAUGUACAGUAUCCACUCGAGGAGCAGAACGUAUAUGAUAUUAUGCACAUCCGGCGACUCCAGUGUGCUACCGGGGAAGACGGCGAAGAACCCCUGGACGGAGAUAAACCACAGUACAAAGCCAUCAUCAAAGGUAAAGGCGGUGUCCCGUGGGCAAAAUUGUGGCAGGGCCCAGAACUGGUUAUCUUUGGGCACGACGCCUACACUGGCUUCCAGUAUUACCCAUUAGUCUACGGCAUUGACACUGGUUGUGUGUAUGGUAACCCCCUCACCUGUGUUGUCCUCAGCGACGAUCAUCCGAAAGGGGAGUUUUUCUCUGUCCCAGGGCUCCCAAAGAUUGCCAAUGUCCUGGCGGGCAUGCCGCCACCCGGAUCCGCCAUAUAUGAAGAACUAGAGGAUCAACUCGAUAGACAAUUAAUACGGCCGUCUCGGCGUACCGCGACAUCCGCGGCCAUGUUGUGCAGUCCAUCCUUUUCUUCCUCAGCGUGGGGCCAGUCUUUUCCGGCUGCGGCGGCAGCCCUUCCGGGCUUACCCCCCACCGGACUCCAUGCCAGUCAAUCUGCGACACCGUCCUCCUUAAAAGUACCAAUCGUGAGUUUUGAUCAGACGGCUUUCUAUCAAGAAAUGAAUAAAGCUCAUAAGUCUGUCUUGAUGGCCCUCUCCGCGGCAAAAGAACUUCGCGCACUCGUAAUUCUGAUGAGUGUGUCUGCCUAUGAAGAAAUGCUGAACAAAAUGUUCUCGUGCGAUAUGGAUGACCCAGAGGCUCAGGAAUCCUUCUGGGUGCCAUUUUCGAAAAAUGUUCUCGGAGCAUCCCUCUUGUUGAAGCCUGAUAUUGACACAAUUAAAGAUGCCAACAGUCGAAUCGAAAUUAUAGACAUAGUGCAAUAUGUACUAGGUGUGUGUGACGAGAUGGUGGCUGUCAAGGAGAAGGUGCUUCCCCAACUUGAAGCACUGCUUGUUCAUGCUAACAGUAUUAGCAAAGAGGAUCGGACGAAUCAAUGGAAAGGAAUAGCAAAAUACAUUCAAGCACUUUUGCCGUAA